UUGCUUUGUUCAUGCCUUGCAAAUUCACCUUGUCGUUCUUUACUUCAUAAAAACCAGAUGGCGUCCUUUGAAGAGAAUGAUAAUGAUGUUUUCAUGGGGCACCAUGAAUUGAGUCCUCGUAUAGGCCCUGACCACCAGGUGGAUAUUCCUUGCGUGAUUAAGAAUUCAAACCAGCUUUCCGGUUCAGAUUAUGUGAAUGAUAAAUCACUUUUCUCUGAUAUUGGUUUGCCUGUCUCAAUCAUAUGGAGUGAUGCUGAUACACAAAGUUUAGUACUUGGUUUGUUCAUUUUUGGGAAGAAUUUUAUUCGGAUAAAAGGAUUCUUAGAGAAUAAAGGGAUGGGGGAAAUACUUUCAUUUUACUAUGGAAAGUUUUACAAAACAGAUGGAUAUCGUAGAUGGUCGGAGUGCAGGAAGUUAAAAGGGAGAAAAUGUAUGAUUGGGAAGAAACUUUUUAGUGGACCGAGACAACGUGAACUAUUGUCCCGCCUGAUUCCUCAUGUCUCUGAAGAAUCUCAGGAUACUUUGUUACAGGUUUCUAAGUCAUAUGUGGAGGGCAGAAUUUCUCUAGAAGAAUACAUAUCUUCUUUGAGGUCUACUGUUGGACUUGGCGUUCUUGUGGAUGCAGUAGGUAUCGGUAAGGAGAAGGGAGACCUUACUAGGUUUGGUGUGGAAUCUGGGAAGAACAAUCGCACCCUUUCUGCGCAAACUUGCAAAGAUUUGUCUUCUCUUGGACCUGGUGAUAUUAUACAAUCUUUGACAGGAGGAUUUCGAUUGAGUAAAACCAGAAGUAUUGAACUCUUCUGGGAAGCUAUUUGGCCCCGCUUAUUAGCAAGAGGUUGGCAGUCUGAGCUACCAAAGAAUCGAGGCUACGUUACUUCCAAAGAUUAUCUGGUUUUUCUGAUUCCCGGUGUUGACAAGUUUUCAAGGAGAAAACUUGUGAAAGGUGAUCAUUACUUUGAUUCUGUUAGUGAUGUCUUGAGCAAAGUAAUAGCUGAACCAAAUAUUCUCCUGCUCAAAGAAGAAGAAGAAGCUAAAGUUGGUAGCUGCAGUAAGGAAGAGCUAGAAAAGGGAUCACAUGAAGAUGAUCUAUCAGACAAUCAUCGUCAAUGUUACCUCAAGCCCCGAUCUUCUACCUACAGUAAAGAUCAUAUCAAAUCCAUGUUUACUGAUACCAGUUUGGAGCUUGGGAGGAAGCCAUCCGGUUUAAGGGAAUUGAAAUCUGUUCCUGAUAAUUCAGUGUGUAAAGUUGAGGUAGAUGCUUCUGGUAAAACAUUUAAAGGGAAAAAAUAUAUGAGGAAAGUGAAACAUAGCAAGGAUAUGUUUAAAACCAUUAAUCAGAAUUCGACAAAGUUGACAGUUAUUGAUACUAAUAGACUUUCUGAAGGAAAACUAUUGAAGCUGAAAGUUAAACCGCUGAAACAUCCGCCAGUAGAAAUUGAGGAUUCUUCUAUGAUGACUUCUAGUCUUCUGAGAGAAAGUAAACGUGGCUCUUCAACACCAGAGAUAGUGGACACUAAGAUGCUUAUUUGUGGCAAAAGGAAGAUUAUAAAGACUGAUAGUAGCAGAGUUGUACUCAACAGUGGUGCUACCAGUAAGAAUGAAGCAUAUGAUAAUCCUGAUAAUUAUGCAAACAAGGUGGUCAAAAGCCAGAAAAAUCAACAUGCCUUUGUGUUUGAUGAUAAUGGAAUGAAGAGGAUCAUAAAGAAUCAAUUUAAUCGGAGGGUUGGACCAAGUGAUUCUAAUCACACAGCUGUUCCUAUUAAAAGGAGGAGAUUGUCUGCUUGUGCCAAGGCAGAGAAAAGCCGCAUCAAUGAGAAUUCAUCAGAAAAACUAGGAUUCUAUCACUCUUCUAGCUUUUGCAAAACCAAGAAAAAUGUUUGUGAACCAGUUAGUCAUCAGCAUAAUGGAAGUACAACUGUUUCUUUUGCAGACAGAAGUGUGGAAGAGAAUAAUGAGAAGAACAUUCUCCACGAAAGCUAUCAACGCACGAGUGUUUCACGUGUUAAAGUUGAGAAAUGUGAAUCUUUCACCUUCAACAUUUCGCAGGUUCCAUCCAAGUCUGAAAACAGCAUAAUGAUGGCUAAGGCAGAGGAAGAUGAGCAAGGCCUAAAGACAAAAGAUCCAUGCCUAACAUCUGCUGCUACUCAGGAAGUGGUUGAGGAGCCUCUGAGAACCCUUUGUGAAGUUGAUUCUUUGGAACAACAGGCUGAUAUAAAUCCUAGGAGGCAGAGCACUAGAAACAGGCCAUUGACAGUUAGAGCAUUGGAAUGUAUAGCAAAUGAAUUCUUGCAUGUGCAAAAGAGACAAAAAAAGAAAGACAUCCGAACACGCGGAGAUGCUUUCAAUCCUUGCCGCAACGCUCGUACAAGUGGCAAAACAGUGUUGCACCGGCAUUGUCCAGAUCAUGGGAAUGCAGUUUCAGUACAAGAAAAAAAGCAUUUGAUUGAAGAUGCAAGUGUUAGCUAAAUAUUCCACAGAUGUGUAUAUUUUUUUUCUUCUUCUUAAGAUUAUAGAUAUAGACAAGUAUAGACAAGUUAUAAUACUAUAUCAGUCGAAAAGCUAGCAAAGCUACUCUGAGAAUGAUAAAUUAGAGUGUGUUUGCAUAAUGUUUUUUAUUACUAGUUUUAGAGGGUAAUUCAAA